AUGUUCGCAACACGGUUCCUGUUUUUCACCCUUGCCCUCCUCGUUGCACUCGUAACCGCGGUGCCAACCCCACCGCACGUCAAGAUUAUGCGCCUUCGCCGUUCAACAUGCCCGAAGAAACCGACGACCGCAGUUCCACCCGCUACGACCCUUCCUAUUAUCGUUCCAACUUCUACACCAUCCUCCAGCUCUGUCGCUGUUCCCAGCUCUGCUAGCUCAAGCGCACCCACUUCGGAAGCCGUUUCAAGCUCCACCGUUGCCCCGAGCUCUAGCUCCAUCCCAAGCUCAAGCGUUGCGCCCAGUUCAAGUGUUGUCCCCACCCAGAGCAUUGUUCCCAGCUCAAGCUCCAGUGCUAUCCCCAGCUCCUCUCCCGUGACCUCAAGCCCUGCAAGCUCUUCUGCCCCCGCUACCACCUCUGUCACGCCUUCAAGCUCAUCUGCGGUCCCUGCACAGCCCACCAGUGUGAAUCCGGGCGUCCUUGGGCAAUUGUUCCCCGUUCAAGGAUUUGGUAACAGGGCUUGGUCCACCACCGACGUCCUCGGCAAUGCACUCGCCCUUUCCGAUAGCACUUUCCGACCCCGAAACGUUCUCCGAUCGGUGGUCCACAGCUACACCAACGCUCCUGAUGGCAAGCGAGCUAUGAGGGCAUUCUAUCCCCGUGGUUCGUAUACAUUCGGUUUCCAACCCCAGGGUGGAUUCUCCUUCUAUGCCCCCGGCCCUGCCUCUGUCGACCUCACUACCGCCAAAGAAGCUACCUUCUCGUACUCCGUAUUCUUCCCUCAAGGUUUCGGCUUCCAGCUUGGUGGCAAGCUCCCCGGUCUCUAUGGUGGAAACAGUGACGGCGAGGCUGUCGGAUGCUCUGGUGGAAGGAAAUCUUCUUCGUGCUUCUCUGCUCGUCUCAUGUGGCGCGCCGACGGCGAGGGUGAAUUCUACGCCUACCUCCCCCCUUACACCGACGCUCGUUUCGCUGCCAACAACAAGCUCUGCUCCGGGCCUGGCAAUCACUGCAACCCCACUUACGGUGCCUCCGUCGGUCGUGGUUCUUUCCGUUUUGCCACCGGUGCAUGGACUACCGUCAGCGAGCGCGUUCGCCUCAAUGAUGUCGGUCAAGCCAACGGCGAGCUCGAGCUCUUUGUCAACGGCAAGAGCGUCGUCAACAUCAGUGGCCUCAUCCUCCGCGACAGUGGUGCUGGACGAAUUCGCGGUAUGCAGAUGCAAACUUUCUUCGGUGGUUCCAAGCCGGAGUUUGCCAGCCCCAAGGACCAGGAAGUCUUUUUCUCCGACUUCUCGGUUGCGAUCACCCAAAGACUCUAA